AUGAAGCUUCUGAUCACCUCACUUUUCAUCGUUAUUGCGGGGGCAGCACCCGACGGAUACGGUAGUGGAGGAGGAGUCUCUGGCGGUGGAGGAUUCUCCAGUGGUGGAAGUGGAGGCUUCUCUGGAGGAGGAGGAUUCUCCAGUGGUGGAAGUGGAGGCUUCUCUGGAGGAGGAGGAUUUUCCGGAGGAGGCGGUGGAUCUUUUGGAGGAGGAUUUUCCGGUAGCGGAGGAUUCUCUGGAGGUGGUGGAUUUUCCGGUGGAGGAGGUGGUGGUGGAGGAUCUGGAGGAUAUGGAGGAGGAGGAUGCAAUGCAGGAGAAGUUCUGCAUGUUGACGGCUCCUGUGUCGUUCCCAUAAUCUCACGCAACGUAUUUGUCUAUGACGCUCCCGAACAGCAAGAAGAAAGCGGUCCACCGCCAAGUAUUCCUCCACCAAGAAUCGACCACAACAUCCUCUUUGUCCGCGUUCCUGAGAAGGGAGCAGCGCCCGAGCCAAUCAUCGUUCCUCCACCAAGGCAACAGAGCGUGGUGUACGUCCUGAACAAGGACGAUGGAGGAGGAGGACAGCAAGUGAUCGAAGUGACAGCUCCUCCCCCGUCCAACCCUGAGGUUUACUUCGUCAACUAUGCUGAAGGAGACAACCCUCAACUGCCCAUUGGAGUUGAUCUCCAGACUGCUCUCCAAGCGGCUGCCAACGGCGGAGGACAAGUCAUCGGCGGAGGCGGAGGAGCAGGCGGAUUUGGCGGUGGUUCUGGAGGAGGAUUUGGCGGUGGUUCUGGAGGAGGAUUUGGCGGUGGUUCUGGAGGAGGAUUUGGCGGUGGUUCUGGAGGAGGAUUUGGCGGUGGUUCUGGAGGAGGAUUCGGCGGUGGUUCUGGAGGAGGAUUUGGCGGUGGUUCUGGAGGCGGAUUUGGCGGUGGUUCUGGAGGCGGAUUUGGCGGUGGUUCUGGAGGCGGUUUUGGCGGUGGUUCCGGCGGCGGAUUUGGCGGUGGUUCCGGAGGUGGUUCAGGCGGUGGUCUUGGUGGUAGCUAUAGCCCUCCAGCUCCUUCGAACGCCUAUUCUGCACCAUAGAAGUUUUGUAAACAACAGAAUCUUGUUAAUUAUUGAUAUUACUUUGAUGUAUAUGUUUUCUAUUUAGUUGUUACUAUUUUCAAAUGAAA